GGAUGCUGGGGCGCCUCCUGUUCUUGGCGGACCCGGGCGGCGCAGUGCCCGGGUCCGUGAUGUGCGGAGGCAGAGCAGUGCCCGGCGCGAAGUCUUCGGUGCCCGCGGUUUUCCUCCGCCGGUCCUACCCUCGCGCGCCGGGACACGUGGCCGAGGCCGCCGCCGUCAGGCCGCUCGGGUCGCCGCCCUGGUCUUACUGCUGCCUCCUUCCUUCCGCAGGAGCUGCCCACAGACACCACUGCCAAUAAACACGUGCGCCCCGGCCCGGUGCUCCAGAUCCCGCUGGGAGGGCGAUGCCGCCCCGGGGCAGGGAAGCCCGGUGGCUCUGCUCCGCAGCAGGUGACCUGCUGGGGGCCAUGGAGCAGCCUAGCACCUGGAACCGUUUCUACACCCACAGGGAACGCACCGGAGCCACUGGCCACUUUGAGUGGUUCUUCGGGUACGAAGCAGUGGCAGAACUACUGUUGCCUCUGCUGGGGGGCCCUGGGGCUGCCCGGGUGCUGGAUGUGGGCUGCGGGACCUCGGCACUGGGGCUGGGCCUCUACCGGGACUGCCCACACCCUGUGCACGUGUGCUGCCUGGAUGCAGCGCCUGCGGCCUUGGUGGCGCUGCGGCGUCUGCUCCGUGCGGCACCCCCACCCCGGCACCCCAAGUCCUGCAUCCGCCUGCACCUGGGAGAUGCCACUGACUUGGCCGGGGGAGGCUUUGCCCCGGCCUCUCUCCGCCUGGUCCUAGACAAGGGCACCUGUGAUGUGCUGCUGCGGUGCCCAGUGGGGCCUGGACGUGCAGGGCAGCUGGUGGCUGAGUGCCUCUGGGCCCUGCAGCCUGGUGGGCAGCUCCUGCAGUUCUCAGAUGAGGACCCAGAUGCCAGGGUGCCCUUUCUGGAGCAGGCAGGGGCAGCCAGGGUGAGUGUACAGGAACUGGGGGUGCCUGGGGGGGUUCCUUACUAUGUCUACACAAUCAAGAAACCAAUGUAGGGCUGAGUAGGGAAAAAAAUGCAGUGCCCUGGGCUGCAGGGGAUUAUUUUGCAGUGCUGUGAGGUGCCCUGGUGACAGCAGUGCAGGGACAAGGAUGUUGCAGUGUCACCAGGACAAGGGGACACUCCAGGGACAGCUGCUGUCAGGGGGAAGGGGUGGAAAAUGCCGCUGCUGCCACCACCCCCAAGUAGCUGCAGAUCAGUAAAUAAAGCUGCUGAGCACUCCACAACCUGA